AAUCGGGAAGUAAAGCCCCGUGGUCAGCAGAUUUAUGACACAUUUAAACUUGCGCAACACAGGUAAGUUCACGUUUUUAAUAUCAUAAAAUCUGUUUUAUGUCGUCGGUGAACGAAACAGUAAUGGCUUCUGUUUUAAUUAUAGACUGUUUUGUAUCAUGGCAUCCUAAUUAUCCAUACAGCAAGCUAAAGAGUAAUCUCAUCAUGAGUAGAGUCUACUACAUCUUCAGUGCUGCUCUUUUUGUGUUAGAAAUUCCAGAGACCAAGGCGCUGCUAGAAAGCUCCAAUGACUGUUGUGAAAGAAUAAAGAGAAUGAAUGAAACCUGUGUGAAUACUACACUCUGUGAUCCUGGGCUCCUUCAAAUUCAGGAGAACAGUACAACAUUUUGUGUGUCCUGUGACUCAACAGAGCAGGGCAAUUCAACUUUACUUAACAAUACAAGGACUAGUCACAUUCCAGUACCUUUAAACACAGUGAUUGGUGGUCCAGGUGUAGCAGCUUCUGUCCUUCUAGGAACUCUACUGAUCAGCCUGGGUCUCAUCCUCUCGGUUGCAUCUUUCUUUUACCUUAAGCGUUCCAACCGCCUCCCUGGUGUCUUCUACAGGCGCAAUAAGGCUUUUAUAUUCCAACCAAGUGAGACGGCUGUCAUGAUUCCUGAAGCUAUAUCUUCAGUUCGCAAACCAAGAUAUGUCAGGAGGGAGAGGCCGUCAGCAACAUCAGCAUCCAGCAGUGCUACUGUGGCAACCGGGGCAGUAACCAAGGUAUACAAUGUGUGACCAGCCUCCAAGGGCCAGCUAUGAGUCCCCAAUAAAACAUGAGCCUGUCCUAUUGCACGGUUUUCUUAUAGGAUUUACUUUUUUGGUAAAAUUUUCCUUUGUAGGCAGCAUGAAGAAGUGAUAUGUCUUGAUGUAGGCUUUAUCUUUAUCUACCUUUUCUCUUCACUGAAGCCAGUUAUUUAUUUCUAUUUAUAUAUUUUUCACAUAAUACGUUGUUCCUUUUUUUUUAAGAGAUCUGGUGUUGCACUACUAGAGUAUUUUUGAUUGUUAAGCUAUAAUUCAGUCUAUUAAGUUGUUUUUUCAAUGAAUUUUGUAAUGUUUAUAUUUAUUACCAGUAUUUUUGUGUAAUAUUGUACUUUUGAAUCUUGUGACAUUGAAACUAGGAUCCAAAAAAAAAAGACUUCCGCAGUUAGUCAUAUUUGCACACAACCUACUCCUCAAACCUUAUCAAAGUAAAAAAAUUAAAUAAAUAAAUACAUAAAUAAAUGAACAUAUUAACCAUUAAUUUAAAAUAAUUGCUUUGUACCUGUAUACACUAAUAAUAUAUAUUUUCUAUUAAUUCUGUACCGUUUCCACAAAUUCCAUUAGCACUUAUUAAUGCCAUAUACAUAUGCUGGAAAAUACCCUGUAUGAGCAUUGAAAAUACUCCUGGCUUGGGUUUCAAUGUUAACAGCAUAUUCAUGUUCUACUAACAAGUGUGCAUGAAAUAUCCACCUGUUAACAAUGCCACAUUCCUCACUAUAUUCAACAUAAAAGAUUCUGGCUUGCACCAAAGGUUUUCCCAGGUAAAUAAUGAUAAAUUCAAAUUUGCUAGGCCUUAAAUUUGCAAACUUGCUGUUAAUACACAGUAUAUAAGUAAAGUGGAAAAACUGUUGCCAAACACAGUUACCUACUGUAUUUAUCCCAUCUUUCCAUUGUGUAAGACAAAGUGCCAUUAAGUGAAUGUGAUAAUGAAUGAAGACCUAUAGUCACCAUUUUUGAUUUUGGACAUUUUAUACAAAAUUGGAAUGUAAAAUUAUGAAAGAAGUUUAGUAAAUGUAUCUUGUUUCUUGGUUGGAAAAACAAACAAAAAGCUUGAUAUCAUUGUAGUGUUAUAAAGAGAGUGAUACACUGGUAUUUCUAUAAAAGGAGUCAAAGUCAGUUACCUUUUUUUACUUUAUUUUGUAGUUGUUUAUUGCAAAUAGUGGCCUUUAAAAUGCCAUAUCAUCCCCUAUGCCUAUAUAUUUAUGAUUUUCUGUAUAAUUUUUAGGUUUUCUCAUUUGUAAUAAUGGUUCUGUUUAUGUAAAGGAUUAUGAUUUUUCUACACAUUUUCUACUUCAUUUUAGGAAGGGUAUUUGAACAUUGUUUUGUGAAGUUUCAAAUCCUUGGUAUGCUGGAUUAAGCAAAAGCUAGGAAUGUUUACUUAAGGUGAAGGUAAAUGAUGUGGUUUCGUGGAGAUACAUCAGUGAUACUGAUUCUAGAAUAUAACCACUUAAAUUCAACCUAUUUCUCUAUUUUAUUGGCUGUUGUGCAGCAACUGGAAAGCAUGUCAAUAUAUUUUGUAAACGAAUUAUGUUUAGAUGGAUGUUGAUGAUGAUGAACUUUUUUUGUAUGUUGAUGUCCUAACAGAGUGAGUAUUGAUCACAUAUUGAGUCAUAUUUGAUGAAGAUUUCAGUGUUUACAGAAAUAAAAGAUAUUUUGAUUUAU